CUCUCUCUCUCUCUCAAAAUUCAAUACUUACAUAUUCUUGGAAAUCAAAGGUGGUCUCGAUCACCAUGGGAAGAACACCAGCUUGUUGUGACAAAAACGGACUGAAGAAGGGACCUUGGACCCCAGAAGAGGAUCAGAAGCUCAUUGCUUAUAUUCGCAAAUUUGGCCAGGCAAACUGGAGGACUAUCCCAAAGAAUGCUGGUCUACAAAGAUGUGGAAAGAGUUGUCGUCUUCGAUGGACCAACUAUCUAAGACCUGAUAUCAAAAGAGGUAGAUUCUCUUUUGAAGAAGAGGAAACCAUAAUUCAACUGCACAGUAUAUUAGGGAACAAGUGGUCUGCCAUUGCGUCUCGUUUGCCCGGAAGGACCGACAAUGAAAUCAAGAACUACUGGAACACCCACAUUAGAAAAAUGCUUCUCCGAACUGGAAUCGAUCCGGUCACUCACAUUCCUCUUCUAAGCUCAUCUCACAUCAAUUUGUUGGGUGUCCAACCCCGCCAAGUUAAUCCAGAAUUGCUAAGGCUGGACAAUAAUAUAUCUCUUCUAUUGUCUGAACACGAAAAUCACAACUUUCUUCUACAAAGUGAUCAAGAAAAUCAAUAUGGCAAUGCCCAAGUACUCCAAAACCAAUUGGUUCAAUUUCAUCAGACACCACCAAUUCAAGACAUUCCUGCAUCUUGUACCAAAUUAAGCCCAUCUUAUGUACCAUUUUCUAAUGAAACCCAACUACUCAUGGAACCCAAUUUGGAGCAACUUUCAUCUACUAUUACAAACCUCAAUCCCCAAAGUUGUCAAGCAGUAAAUGAGUGGCAAAACUAUGAGAUGUUAUUGCCUUCUAUUAAUUUAGCUGAACAUGAUGAAUUUAUACCAAACUAUAGCUAUUACGGGUCGGAUCAAAGAAUCAUGGACGUCCUUCCUCCUCCUGACAACUCAACUUUCCUUUCCAAUGUCAACAGCAACAAUUUCAGCUUUGAAUCCGCUUUGUCAACACCUUCAUCAAGCCCAACACCAUUGAGUGUGUUCCAACUCCACGUAUAUCAACAACAGCAGCAGCAGGAGUACUGAAGAUGAGAGAGAAAGCUAUUGCAGCAACAUGUUCAACUUUUUUAAUCGAUCCCAUAAAUUUUGGAUAUUGCAUGUUAAUCAGUUCAUGUAAAUCAUACUGCAUGUCAGAGAGUUUUGUUAAUUGUCUUGGCUUUAUUCUCGUUUAUUGUUUCUCGUAAAAUUCUCAAGCUAGCUAGACUUGUUCCAAUUUAUUAAGCUCAAUGUAUCAAAAAGAGAAUUAAUGAUCAUCUUUUCCU